UAUCGUUGGCUUAGUCAGGUUUGAGUCAGUGUUAUAAAAUGCUACACUUCUCACCGCCAUCCAUCUCUCUCUCCAUUGAAGUAGACUCUAAGCCACCGUCCCCAUCAGAUCUCAGAUCUCCGUUCCAAAGCCAUGGCCGAGAAGGGAAAGGAAAAGGUAACUAUGAUGAAGUUGAAGGUGGAUCUUGAUUGUGCCAAGUGUUACAAGAAGGUCAAGAAGGUUCUUUGCAAGAUCCCUCAAAUCAGAGACCAAGUGUUCGAUGAGAAGUCCAACAUAGUCAUCAUCAAGGUGGUUUGCUGCAGCCCUGAAAGGAUCAUGGACAAACUAUGUUCUAAAGGUGGCGGCUCUAUCAAGACCAUCGAGAUCGUCGAGCCACCCAAGCCACCUCAGCCUCAGCCACAAGCCCAACCCCCUCCUCAGAAGCCUAAAGAUGCUCCCAAAGCCGCCGAGAAGCCUAAGGAGGCCGAGAAGCCUAAGCAGGCCGAGAAGCCUAAGCAGGCUGAGAAACCCAAACAAGCUGAAAAGCCCAAAGAAGCAGAGAAGCCUAAACAGCCCGAAAAGCCGAAAGAUGCUGAGAAGCCCAAGCAAGCCGAGAAGCCGAAAGAAUCAGAGAAACCCGCAGCUCCGAAACCCGCACCGGCACCAGCAGGUCCAGCACCUACUCCGGCACCUGCUCCAGCACCGAAGCAGCCAGGACCACCACCACAACAGGCAGUGCCGAUGAUGCCGCAAGGGCAGCCUGUAGCGAUGUGUGUUGGGCCAUACUACGACGGUUUUGGAGGUGGACCAGCCUUCAAUGGAUGCGGAAUGCCGCCUCCGUAUGAAUGCUAUGGCCGACCAGUGUACGAUAGCUGGGGAGGUGGCCCACCACCUAGUUACAGACCAUGCGUACCACCUUGUUACAGACCAUGCCCCCUCAACAGAUGCGAUUACUUCAGCGAAGAGAACCCGCAAAGCUGCUCCAUCAUGUGAUUCCACUCAUCCCCUUUUUCACUCUUUAUUUUUCUUCAUAUCUUUUUUUCUUUCUAAUACAAAUAAUUAAAAGAAUACAUAUAGAUUUUUACGUGUAAUGUUGAGAAGGGAAUAAGGAAGGAAGGACCCCCGUUGUAGUUUGUAAGCCAUUUCAAUUUGGUUGUCCAUUUUUAAGCUGUAAACUAAACAGUAAAGAAAUUGUUUCAUUUUCUUAAAUAUAAACCAAUAAUAGUGUUUUCGCUUUA